UGCAGGAUUGCUGCUGUAGCAUCCGUUGCGAAGCAAGCUGUCUGAUGCUACUAUGUAGCUGGCUAUGCACAGUAAUUAUAGGAGAAGCUGACGCUAUUUCGUCAACAGUGCAGGGUAUUAUAACCACAACACCACAUGUGUUAUAUUCCCUUGUACCUAUAGAGGAGUGAUUAGCUGCAGUUUCUUGAAACGACAGAGUAUAUCCGAGGAAGGGAAUAAAACUGAGAGACCGCAUCAAGAAAAUGAAAACAGAGGGCAUAGACGGAAUUGAAAGGUUUACGAGCCCUGGCAAAGGGAGAGGGCUAAGGGCUACAAAGCAUUUUAAAGUUGGGGACCUUCUGUUCUCCUGCCCAGCAUACGCAUAUGUCUUGACCGUCAGUGAGAGGGCGGCCCACUGUGAAUUCUGCUUCACGAGGAAGGAAGGCCUUUCCAAGUGUGGGAAAUGUAAGAAAGCGUUCUACUGCAAUGUGGACUGCCAGAAAGGGGACUGGUGCAUGCAUAAGCUGGAGUGCUCCGCCAUGUGUGCCUAUGGUGAGAACUGGAGUCCAUCGGAGACCGUCAGGCUGACUGCCAGAAUCAUUGCUAAACAGAAAAUGCAGCCAGAGAGGAGUGCAUCGGAGAAGCUGCUGCUCGUGAGGGAGUUUGAAGCACAUCUGAACGAGCUGGACAAUGAGAAGAGCGAGAUGAACCAGGCCGACAUAGCGGCCCUACAUCACUUCUACUCCAAGCACUUGGAGUUCCCCGACCACGCUGGCCUCACCGUGCUCUUCGCUCAGGUAAACUGUAAUGGAUUCACCAUUGAGGACGAGGAACUGUCGCAUUUGGGCUCUGCAGUGUUUCCAGACGUCGCUCUGAUGAACCACAGCUGCUGUCCCAACGUCAUUGUCACCUACAAGGGGAUUGUCGCCGAGGUGCGGGCCGUCCAAGAGAUCAACCCGGGGGAGGAGGUGUUCACCAGCUACAUUGACCUCCUCUAUCCGACCGAGGACAGGAAUGAAAGAUUGAGAGACUCCUACUUCUUUACCUGUGAUUGCAAGGAGUGCACCACCAAAUCCAAGGAUAAGGCUAAGAUGAAGCUCCGUGAGCUGAGUGAGCCCCCGAAGCCUGAGGAGGUUCGGGAUAUGCUGCGAUACGCCAGGAACAUCAUCGAAGAUUUCCGAAGGGCAAAGCACUGCAAGACCCCUAGUGAGCUUCUGGAGAUGUGCGAGCUGAGCCUGGAUAAGAUGGGCGCGGUUUUUGCCGACACCAACGUGUACAUGCUGCACAUGAUGUACCAGGCCAUGGGGGUGUGUCUCUACAUGGAGGAUUGGGACGGGGCCAUGAGCUACGGCGAGAAGAUCAUCAAGCCCUACAGCAUGCAUUACCCUCCCUACUCUCUGAAUGUGGCCUCCAUGUACCUGAAACUGGGAAGACUCUAUCUGGGACUGGAGAAGAAGUCAAUGGGAAUCAAGGCCCUAAAGAAGGCCAUAGCGAUCAUGGAGGUGGCCCACGGGAAGGACCACCAUUACAUCGCCGAGGUCAAGAGGGAGAUCCAGCAGCAGAAGUGACACCUCUUGACAAGCACCAUUUUUUUUCCCGGAUCCCCAAAAAAAAAAGAAAAAAAAAAAAUGAAGUUGUGCAGAAUGCCUUGUUAACCUGUCAUUUCCUCUCAUACAUUUCCACAGCAAUGGCAAAAAAAAAAACAUCAAUCCGUUCUUUUUACACAUCAUGCAACGCAUCUCGAGCGGUCCGGUCGCACCGAUGUCACUUCCUGAGUAACGAUGUAGCAUGGGCAGGCAUGUGCCCCACUUCCUGUUUCUGCAUAAUGGCUGUUACAGACUUCAUGGAAUGCUUUUACAUAAUUCAGUAUUUUAAGUACAGUACUCAAAGUUGCAGAUGGGGGCUCAAGGGGUUUAAAAAACAUAAAUUAUGACUGGAUGCUGUCUGAUUCAGAAAGGUGGAGCUUUGUAGAGAAAACUACAGUGAAAUGAACGGUACUUGCCAGGAGCUGCUCUUUCAUGGUUGACGAAACUGCAGUUAGUUUACAGUAUUUGAGGCUUGGAAAAGGUUUAUAACCGAAGCACAACUUUUGUUGUAUAAUGGAUACUUUUCUACUGAGCAGACAUGCUGUACCUUUUAACUGAAAAUAAGUGAAUAGUUCCUUUGGGGUGAUUUAUGUAGAUUUUUUUUUAAUGUCUACUGUGGUGUUGUCUGAAGGGUUUCAAAGCCAGCAGGGGAGAGGGCUGCUUCCCCUAUAUGUUGCUGCUGUUCCAUUACCAGCAAAGCUUACCGUGGUUCUACCCAGUAACACUGUAACAUCACUGUAACACAUCUGCAUGUGGCCGAUCUCAGCACAGCCCAUCUGCCCUCAUCCGGGCCAGCCUGAGGCUAACCCACCGGUCUGCUGGAGGAAUACGGUUAACGGUUGUCUGUAAGCAUUGGUGCACUGCUGUUCUUUCUCGUAUGGUACCCGAUGCAUGGCAAGGAAGGGUACAGGAAUGCGAUCUCUCUUACCAGCUCUGCUCUGAUUGAUUUUUGAACCUGUCCUGCAUCAGCACUACAGUAAAUAAAGGCCCUGAAAGACCGU